AUGAAAUAAUUGUCCUAAACUUCCUAAUCACAAAAAGUAAAAUAAAAAAGUGAACCCUCACUACUACCAAACAUAGAUAUUCUUAAAGAAAAUGUAAAAUCGAGUUUUGCACUUGGACAUCUAAGAGGUCUAUUAACGUACAAAUAAGUUCGGGAAUUACCAAAAACAGAUAUACAAGUUAAACGAGAUCAAACUUUUGGUAAAGCUAAUAAAAAAUCAAAAAAUAAAAGGCUUACCUUUUUAAAAUUUGGAUUUAGAACUCAUGAAAAAAAGAAUAAUUAUUAUCUUUAGCCUCUUAUUAAAAAAGUAAAAGAUGCCUUUGGAGAAGUUGCAAAUGAUGGUUCAAUGGGAGUUGUGGAUUUAUGGAGUGAUCGAAAUGUAAAUAGAUUAAUGGAUGCAAUUUAAAUGACAAGAGAUAAUUUAAUUGUAAGAAAAUUAGGUAAAGAACUUAAUGAAUAAGAACAUUUAUUUAUGACAAGAAUGGAAGAAAAAAAAAUAAGAGACAGAAUCUUUAUGGAAUCAUUAAAAUUGCAAUUCUAAGAGACAGACACAUUCUCACUUAAGUUUUAGUUAUCAGACAAAGACAAGAAGAUUGUACAAAGAGUUGCUCAACCUACGAUUUCAAGCAAUUAAAGGCACAAUAAUCCAAAUGAAAAUAUUCAGACAAUAGUAGAAAGCAUUGAUGAAUUACAUUAGGAGAAUUUAGAAAUUUACACUAAUCUUUACAAGUAAAUUAAAUCUAUUCAAAAACACAUAAAGUGA